GUGGAUGGGAGGAGACGCAGCAGCAGAUCUAAGAGAGAAACAGUAGAGUCGUCCCAGCAUGAAGGGGACAACGGGUUUCCUCUUCGGCCUCUUCAUCAUCGCAGCGUGUUCCUCCGCCAUCGCCGCUCAGACAGCAGAUUGUAAGAAUGCCACCGUGGCCGACAUCGUCUUCCUGGUCGACGGCUCCACCAGCAUCGGGGCCACUAACUUUCAGGAGGUCCGGACUUUUCUCCGCGACUUCGUCAAAGACCUCGACAUCGGCCCUGACAAAGUGCAGGUCGGCCUGGCUCAGUACAGCAACGACCCUCACAAAGAGUUCCUGCUGAAGGACCACAAGGACAAGAAGUCCCUGCUGUCUGCCCUGGAAAGGAUUCCCUACCGUCUAGGAGAUACGAACACGGGCAAGGCCAUGCAGUUCCUCCUGGACGAGUACUUCACGGAGGUGGCAGGGAGCCGAGCCAGCAAGCGGGUGCCUCAGAUCGCGGUGGUCAUCACAGACGGAGAGUCGACGGACGAGGUGGAGAAACCUGCCCAGAAACUGAGGGAGCAAGGGGCCAUCGUGUUCGGCGUCGGGGUUGGACCGGUCAACCUAGAUCAGAUCAAGUCCAUCGCCAACAAGCCUCCGAAGCGCUUCACGUACCACAUCGACAACUACCAGGCUCUGGAUAGGCUGAAGGACAGUCUGCUGAAAACGGUUUGUGAGUCUGUGGUGGAUCAGAGGCAAGCUUUGGAGGAGACGUUUGCAGAUGUCUUCUUCCUGGUGGACAGCAACAUGCCUCAGGGACAGUUCUCCAUGUUUAGGUCUGACCUCAUCAAACUGAUCAAUCGACUCAACGUCGGAUACUCCGCCCACCGUAUCGGUUUGGCGCAGUAUGGUCAAUCUACCACAGUGGAAUUUUUGCUCAAUGCUUUUCAAACUAAACAAGAAACCCUGAAUGCUGUCAGGAAUUUCCGCAUCCGUCCGCAACGCAACCGACCGAGUAAUCUGGGCGAUGCUCUGCAGAAGGCCAAAGAUCUGUAUUUCAACAUUGAGCAGGGGGGCCGUGCACACCAGCGUGCCCGACAGUUCCUUGUUGUCGUGACUGGAAGAGGCUCUGAUGAUCCCGUGUCUCAGAUUUCUCACUUGUUAAGUGAGGCAGGGGUAACUCUUGUUGGCGCGAACGCAGGUGGAAACAUGAACGACAUUUACCAAUUUGCCAGUACUCGGUAUGCAUAUCCUGAUCCCAAAGUACUUUUUAUGAAGGAUAUCAUCGAGACUGAGAGACCAGACGCCAUCACUGACGAUUGCACAGGAGCCAACGUGGCCGACAUCGCGUUCAUCGUCGACGAGUCCGGAAGCAUCGAAAGACCCAACUUCCUGCUGGUGCGCGCUUUCCUGCACUCGGUGGUGAGCAGCCUGGAUGUCAGUCCGGCGAGAGUCAGAGUGGGAAUUGUUACGUAUGAUAACAAUCCCAGGGCAUGGGCCUACUUCAACACGUUCAACAACAAGACAGAAAUCCUCAACUUCAUCAACCUGCUGCCUUACAACGGAGGGGGCACGCAGACCGGAGCGGCCCUAAACUACACUUUAAAAGAAAUCUUUAACAAGGACACGGGCAGCAGAAAAGAGAAGGGUGUCCAGCAGGUGGCGGUGGUGAUCACCGACGGUAAAUCCCAGGACAACGUGAGCGAGGCGGCGGUUGCUCUCCGCCGAGCUGGGGUCACCAUUUACAGCGUAGGAAUCAGAGGCGCAAGUCAGAGCGAACUAGUCGAGAUGGCUUCACAUCCCAGUGAUCGUCAUGUUUUUAACGUGGAAAGUUUCACCAAGCUGAAGCCCCUGAAGCAGAACCUGCAGAAAAUCCUGUGUGAGAACAUCAUUUACGAAGCGGUGACGGACAAAACGACGGAAGAGGACACCAAAGAAGCAUGUUUACGAAAGGACGAAGCCGACAUCUUCUUCCUGAUGGACGAUUCAGGUAGCAUUAAGAAUUUAGACUUCAAAGAAAUGCAGAGCUUCAUCAUCAAGAUUUUAAAUACCUUCAUCAUCGGGCCAGAACAUGUCCGCAUGGGGCUCGUGAAAUAUGCAACCACAACAACAGACGUAUUUGGUCUGGAUGACCACCGAGACACCAAGUCAUUGGAAGACGCCGUCAAAGCUAUUCAUCACGCUGGAGGUGGGACCAUGACGGGAGAUGCACUCACAUUCAUGCUGCCACGUUUUAAGGACGCCAGAGCCACUCGUGGUCACCGAGUCCCCGAGUAUCUGAUCGUCAUCACAGACGGAGAAUCUGAUGAUGAUGUCAAGGCUCCUGCAGAAGAACUGAGGAAACAAGGUGUCAUCAUCUACGCCAUCGGGGUGAAAGAUUCAAAGCUGGAGGAGCUGCAAAACAUCGCCGGCGACCCCAAGAAGGCUGUCCAUGUCAAUAAUUUUGAUGCCUUGAAAUCCAUCAACAGUGACAUCACCACGGACAUCUGCUCUGAAGACGCCUGCAAAGACUUAAAGGGUGACAUCUUUUUCUUAGCUGACAGCUCCUCCAGCAUCUCCACGGAGGAAUUCAAGACAAUGAAAGAGUUCAUGAAAUCCGUCAUCAGCAAGUCCGCCGUUGGGCAGGACAAGGUGCACUUCGGUGUCAUGCAGUACAGCACCGACUAUAAACUGGAGUUCCCCCUCAACAAGUACAGCAGCGUGGCUGACAUGACUAAAGCCAUUGACGCCAUGGAGCAGUUGGAUAAAAACACGCUAACAGGAAAGGCCAUCGGAGAGGUGUCGCGCUACUUCGAUGCAGCGGAAGGAGGGCGUGCCGGUGUGACUCAGAGGCUGAUAGUGAUCACAGACGGCGAGGCCCAAGAUGAGGUCAAAGGUCCCGCUGAGGCUCUGAGGAAAAAGGGAGUGGUCAUCUACUCCAUCGGAGUGAGGAAUGCCAAGAUAAGCCAGCUGGUAGAGAUCAGCGGCUCAUCGGACAGGACGUUUAGCGAAAAGGACUUUAAUGCACUUGAGGACUUGGAGAGUAGGGUGCUGGUGAAGUUGUGUGAGAAAGAAUGUUUGAUCAAAAAAGCUGACAUUAUCUUCCUGAUGGACAGCUCCAAAUCCAUAGACUCUGGAGAGUACAACAGCAUGCGGAAGUUUAUCGAGUCAGUGGUGAGCCAAACCACGGUGGGCAAGGACCACACUCGCUUCGGGCUCAUUUCAUACUCGGAUAAGUCCAUGUCCCAUUUUGAACUAAAAGACCACGACUCCAAACGAUCAGUUCUUGCAGCAAUUCCAAAAGACAAGCCACCAGAAGGUGACACCCACACAGGCGAGGCCUUAGAAUUCACAUUACCGUAUUUUAACACUGAACAUGGCGGCCGGAAGAAGGUGCCGCAGAUUCUUGUGGUGAUCACAGAUGGGGAGGCAACCAACCCUUACAUCUUAAAGGAGCAUUCUGAUGCACUACGAGAUAAUGGGGUCAUCGUCCUCAGUGUCGGAGUGAAAGACGCUAACCAUGAAGAGCUGCUGACCAUUGCUGGUGACGACAGUUCCAGAGUUUUCGUGGUAGAGGAUUUUGACGCUCUGGAAAAUCUGUACGCGAACAUGUCUGAUGCCCUCUGCAACCCCACGAAGUCAAAAUGUGAGAAGGCCGACUUGGUCUUCCUACUCGACAGGUCUAGCAGCAUCAACCAAGACCAACACAAAAUCAUGAAAGACUUUACAGCAGACUUCGUGGACUACUUUAAUAUCAGUCAAGAGUUUGUGCAUGUUGGACUUGCACAGUUCAGCGAUGCACCUCACGAUGAGUUUUUCCUUGACAAGUACUUCCAGAAGGAGGAGUUGACCAAGCAUAUCCGCGGGGUGGUCCACACCGGUAUAGACACCUACAUCGGACGGGCCUUGGAUCACAUGAAGAUUUACUUUGAGCCUUCGAAGGGCAGCCGCACUAAUGUCCCCAAGAAACUUUUGUUGAUCACGGACGGCGGUUCUCACGAUGACGUGGAGGACGCAGCCGACGAUCUCAGGAGUCUGAACAUCGAGGUGUUCGCCAUCGCCAUUGGAGACAUUCACGACUUGCAGCUCCUGCAGAUCGUCGGCUCCCCAAAGAAAAUGUUCACUGUGAGGGACUUCAACGGCUUGGACGCUAUCAAGCAAAACGUCUAUCACAAACUUUGUGACGACGCCAAUGUGGUAGUGCCUACAGAGCCUCCAAUCCUGCCAACCGCGCCAACCCCGGCAACCGCACCAACCCCGCCAGUACCGACAUCCCCUGUAUCUACUAACUGCACCAUUGAUAUCGCCAUGGGAUUCGAUAUUUCCAAAAGAACCGGAGCUCCCGGUGAGACGCUGAUCAGCGGCCACACCCAGCUCCAGAACUUCCUGCCGGGCAUCGCCCACUACGUCUCGGUGGUGCAAGGCCUGUGCUGCACCGGCUCCACGCCCGUCAUGCCCAACAUCGCCUACCUAGUGUCGGCUCGUGAUGGAAAUUUCUUAUAUGACACAAACUUUGAAGCCUACAGCGAGGACGUGGUGAACAAAGUCCUGACCCUGCGGAUGUCACAACCUUCCUACUUCAACACCGCCACGCUGAACUCCUUUAAAGCGUUGUUCAAGGCCAAGUCCAGAGCCACUGUGAAGGUGCUGGUGAUCUUCUCAGAUGGACUUGAUGAGGAUGUAACGAAGUUGACGGACGCAUCAAAGCUGCUGCGGGAGUCUGGGGUCAGCGCUCUGCUGAUGGUGGCGCUGGAGGGCGUGAGCGACCCCGCCCAGCUACAGAUGGUCGAGUUCGGACGAGGAUUCAGAUACGUGCCUCCUCUCACCAUCGGCACGUCGAGAGUCGGCAGUGAAAUCCUCAAACUCGUCGACGCCGUGUCGGACAAGGAGUGCUGCGGCGUCAACUGCAAAUGUUCGGGACAUGAAGGCAUCCUCGGACCUCGGGGGGGCUCGGGAGGAAAGGGUUCGUCUGGAGUGAAGGGUCAGCAGGGCUUCCCGGGAGAGGAGGGCGUCUCUGGAGAGCGAGGACAUCCGGGGCCGAGUGGACCUCAGGGCAUCCAGGGCUGUCCUGGAGCCAGAGGAGUCAAGGGCGGGCGCGGCGUCUCCGGCAGCAGGGGAGAAGACGGCGAGGACGGCCUGGACGGAGUCAACGGAGAACAAGGAUUGUCGGGACUCGAAGGAGCUCGAGGAAUCAGAGGAGAUCCAGGAAACCCAGGUAGCCCGGGUAACAGAGGGGAGGCGGGGCUUAAAGGAGAGCGAGGACUGAGAGGAGAUCCGGGUGAGUCGGGGGCCGAUAACAGCGUCCCCGGAGCCAAAGGAGACCCCGGGAAUCCGGGUCUACCGGGUUUAGCUGGCGUGGACGGGGAGGCGGGGAGCGAGGGCGGCGACGGGAACCCGGGUCCAGAUGGAAGACGAGGCGCCGCGGGGCAGAAGGGUGCACCUGGGAGACCAGGAGAUCCAGGACUUCCCGGCAGCCCAGGUGCUUCAGGUCCUCAGGGACGCAGAGGAGGAAACGGGGACCUUGGACCCAAAGGAAUCAACGGUUUUCCAGGACCUCAGGGAGGAGCGGGAUCACCCGGAGACCAGGGCUCGCUCGGGCGCCGCGGCCCCAACGGACAGAAGGGCCAACCAGGAGAGCCGGGGGUUAAAGGUGCUAAGGGACCACUGGGACCUCGAGGGAUGCCGGGUCAGGACGGGAGAGACGGAUACGGCCCUCAGGGGCCCGACGGGCCCAAGGGAGAUCCUGGUUUCCCUGGUUACCCUGGGUUACGGGGCGAGGCUGGUCAGGAAGGAACCAAAGGAUAUCCAGGAGGUAAAGGGAACCGAGGUCGAGGGGGAAACUCAGGUGGGCCAGGAGGGCCGGGCGUGCCGGGAGAACCUGGACCUCCAGGACGCAAGGGUCCCAAAGGUCCUCCUGGAGUCAGAGGCAAGGAGUGCCUGCUGAUCACCAAAAUCAGAGAGAAUUGUGCUUGUUACCGAGGUGAAUUGCAGUGCCCGGCCUUCCCCACGGAGCUGGUGUUCGGCCUGGACAUGUCGGAGGACGUGACCCCGGUGGCCUUCGAGCGGCAGCGCUCCGCCCUGCUGUCCCUGCUGGACGACAUCACCAUCUCCGAGAGCAACUGUCCGACUGGCGCUCGCGUCGCUGUGGUGGGUUUCAGCGAGGACACCAAGUACCUGAUCCGCUUCCAGGACUACCGCCGCAAGAACCAGCUGAUCGAAGCCGUGAAGAACAUCGCCCUGGAGAGGACGGCCAAGCGGCGCCAGCUGGGCGCCGCCAUGCGCUUCGUGGGUCAGAACGUCUUCAAGCGCGUCCGAGCGGGACUUCUGAUGAGGAAGGUGGCCGUCUUCUUCUCCAACGGGCAGUCGCAGGACGGUUCUGACGUGGUCACAGCCGUGAUGGAGUACCGCGCGAACAGCAUCAACUCGGCGGUCAUCUCCCUGAGGAACGCUGCGUCUGUCCAGCGAGCGAUUGAGCUCGACGACUCGAGGAACUCCGUGUUCACGGUGCUUGGGAAGGACCAGGCCGCUGACCUGAAGAAGGUCCAGAACUGCAUCAUCUGUUAUGACCCCUGCAGGAGUUCAGAGAUGUGCCCUGCCAUCCCGAACCCUCUGCCGCCUCAGGAGGUGGAUCUGGACCUGGUCAUGGUGCUGGACAGCUCCAGGGAGGUGAAGGCUGAUGAGUACACCGGCGUACAGGAGCUGCUGGGCUCCGUGGUGGAGCAGCUGGCCGUGAGCCCGCAGCCCCGCAGGGCCGGCAGCCAGGCCCGGGUGGCCGUGGUCCAGCAGAGCGGCACCCAGGCCGUCAAGGUGGAGUUCGGAUUCGGACACUACCAGAACCACAACCAGAUGAGGAGGCACCUGAUCCGGAACAUGACGAAGCAGGACGGCUCCUCGGCGCUGGGCCGGACACUGGAGUACACCCUGAAGGAGGUGCUCCUGAAGGCCGGCCAGCCCCGCAAGAGGAAGGCCAUGCUGACCGUGGUGGGGACCAAGACGGCCCACGAGGACCGAGCCAAGCUGCGCUACAUCUCCCAGAAGGCCAAGUGUGAGGGCGUGGCGCUGUUCGUGGUGACGGUCGGCGAGCGCUACGACCGGGUGCAGGUGGAGGAGCUGGCCAGUCUGCCUCUGCAGCAGCACCUGAUCCACGUGGACCGACUGAAGGCCGACGAGCAGGGCUACACACAGCGCUUCUUCAGGGUCUUCCUCUCCGCCCUCGGCAAGGGGAUUAACACGUAUCCUCCUCCUGCUACGAAACGGACGUGCGGCGAUCUGGUUGAACCAGAGGAAACAAACGGUCAGGGGUCAGCUGACUUCCUCGAGUUGGGCGACUCGAGCUUUCCUGAGCAGAGACAGACUCAGAUCGAACAGCACAAUGUCAUCGACACUUUGCUGGUCGGAGGGCGAGAGCAGAGUUUCCUCUCAGCAGCUAAAGAUCCCAACAUCCUGACGGAGCCGAAGCCGACCAGCUUCAACUCUAAAGACCCAGACAUCCUGACGGAGCCGCCACUGACCAGCUCCAACCCGAAAUCCGUCUGUCUCCUCCCCGUGGAGUCCGGCAGCUGCAGGAACUACUCCGUCAAGUGGUCCUUCGACAGGAAUAAGGGCCGCUGCUCUCCCUUCUGGUACAGCGGCUGCGGCGGCAACCAAAACCAAUUUGAGACUAAAGGAGAAUGUGAGAAAAUCUGUCCAACCACGAGUGGAUUAGCAGCCGUAGCAGGAGGACGAGGAGCCAGAGGAGGAAGAGGAGCAUGGAGAAGAAGAGGAGGUGUGGCGGGGCUGCGUCGCCGGCCUGCUGGUUUACAAUGAACGAGAAUCUGAAAAAUGUUCCAGAAACACACAUGCAUCUUCACGGAAAAGUACCGAGGCGAGAGUCUACAGGUUGUUUUGUUUUUUCAUGCACUGGUCAGUUUUUUAAAGUUUUGGGCUAUUUUUUCCUCCCAUAACAUGUCUUCUUUUAGAAAACUUUUGGGUGCAUAUUUGACGAUAAAUUCAGUCAAAGUUAUCCUUAUGUCCUGGAAAUAUUGUGCAAAUGAACUCAUAUUUAAUGAGUUCAUACCUCAUUUGCAUAUCUAAACAUACAAUUUCAGAAAACUUGCAAAUGCAAAAACUGGGGAAGUUUCAUGGUGAUAUACAGUCGUGGAAGAAUUAUUAGACCAUUUUUUUCUUCAAUUUCUUGUUCAUUUUAAUGCCUGGUACAACUAAAGGUACAUUUGUUUGAUAACAACAAAAAUAGCUGAUAAGAGGUUAAUUUAAGAGCUUUAACACGAUGUUGGUUAUUAUCAAUAAAACCAUGUUAAAUAUCUAGAUAUCAGCUUUUAAAUUAAACUCUUAUUAGCUAUUUUUGUAGUUAUUAUUAUAUUUGUCAAAACAAAUGUACCUUUAGUUGAACCAGACAAUAAAAUGAAUAGGAAACUGAAGAAAGCAAUGGUCUAAUCAUUUUUUCCGUGACUGUAGAUUUGACUAUAAAUUCAGUCAAAUGAAUGCAUAUUUGAUGAGUUCAUACCUCAUUUGCAUAUCAAAAAUACAAUUUCAGAAAACUUGCAAAUGCAGAAAAAUAUUGUCUUAAUGUGAAUAACAAACUGAGGAAGUUUCAUCGUGAAAAAUGACACUAUUCACCUGCAGACUGCAAACCAAAACAGCAUCAGAAGCUGCCUCCACUUCCUUUCCUUGAACAUGCAUGUAGAGUUUUUUACA